UUUGAGAUAGGGACCGACUCAUUUGAAUUUGGUUUUAUUUUAUUUUUUUUAUUAUAUAGAUGUCGCAAAGAGAAAAAACCUGGAUUGAGGUUUGUGUGGUUUCCUCCAUUACCACAUUCAAAUAUCAAUCUCCAAUUGCUACAAAAGGAAAAUACCCAUCUUCAUUUCAAUCGUUGCCUUCGAUCGCAUAAGUAGAACAAGUUCAUCCAACAAUCUGCCAAUAUGCCGGCUACAGCAGGAAGGGUUCGCAUGCCCGCGAACAAUAGGGUGCACAGUAGUGCUGCCCUACAGACGCACGGAAUAUGGCAAAGUGCAAUUGGGUAUGAUCCAUAUGCUCCAAACAAGGAGGAGGAUAAGAGCUCUACACAGCACAAAUCGGCCAACUCCGAGCCAGAGGGCGAGAAUCCUUAUGCCAACUUUCAAGGACUUCUUGCCCUUGCUCGCAUUACUGGGUCGAACACCGAUGUUGCUCGUGGUGCCUGCAAGAGAUGUGGCCGUGUUGGGCAUCUAAGGUUUCAAUGUAGGAACUUUUUGAUCAAGGAGAAAGACCCAGCAGCUAUUCAGGCUGAUGUUAUGUCUGAGUUGGAUAAGUUGAAGGGAAAGGGUGGUAAGGUAAAGGGAAAAGGCGGUGCUGAGAGCGAGGAUAGUGAGGAUGAGGAUGAGGAUGAUGAAAGUGAGGAAUCAGAUUCUGAUCGUGAUUCAGAGAUUGAGAGGAUUAUUUCUCAGAGGACUGGGAGAAGGGCUAGAAAGAAAGAUAGGUCAGUAAAGAAGAAAAAUUUGGAUGCUGACGAUGAUGAUGAUGAUGAUGAAGACAGCUUGGAUUCAGACUCUGGGAAAAGGAGAAAGAGAGGAAGGUCGAAGAAGAAGAGGAGUGGGAAGAGGGAAAGUGAUGAUUCUGGUAGUUCUGAUGAUGGUAGGAGGAAGAGAAAGAAGGAGAAGAGGGUAAAGAAAGAUGACUCUUCAGAUGAGGAAGGCAAGCAUCGACGUAGACGGCAUAGGAAGAGUAGGAAGGAAAAGAGGAGGCGAAGAAGUCAUCGUUACUCAGAUGAUUCUGCGUCCGAUUCAUCUGAGGAUGAUAGACACCGGAAGAGGAAGAGCAGGCGAUCACCAUCACCAUCUCGUUCAGAUGGAGGUGACUCUGAUGAUUCACACCGUGGUCGGAAACAUGUGAAGCGGUCUGCAAAGAAGAGCCUGAAGCACCAUGAUGUAUAGAACCUUGAGUAAGAGAUUCUAUUAUACUGUAUAACUAUAUUAGCUUGCUAUGAUUGUGAUGAAGAUUCUAACAGAACUUGGUCGUUGUGUGCUUCAUUUGCUUAAAGAUAUUUUGUUUGACAUAUUUAUUUCUGCAAUUGGAGGUGAUGAAACUAUUUUUUA